AUGUCCAGGCUGAUGGCCGCCGUGCUGCUCGGUGGCGCGCGCGCCGGCGCCGCCGCGGUGCAGGCCGGUAACGCCGCCGCGGUGGCGCUUCGUCCGAGGCCGUCGUACUUUGCCCCUCCCAGGCCGCGGCCGGCGGGGUGGAGCCGCCUGUGCCUGCAGGCCGCCCCGAGGUCAUCACAGGCGUACGGAAACGCGCCGGCGGACGACCGGAGGGACGUCGGGGAGAGGUACCGGGACGCGGCUGAGGAGGCGAAGGAGGCCACCGGCGACGCCAAGGAGCGCGCCAAGGGGAUGGCCGGGGAGGCCAAGGACACGGCGCUGGAGAAGGGCGGCCGCGUGGCAGACCGGGCGGCGGAGGUGGCCGACAGUGCCAAGCACGAGGCCAAGGACACGGCGUCGCGCGCCGCCGACAAGGCGGCGAACGUGACGGACCGGGCGAAGGACGAGACGCGGGAGAUGGCGCGCGAGGCCGCCGACAAGGCGGCGGACUUGAAGGACCGUGCCGAGGACGCGGCCGCGCAGGCGGCGGACAAGGCGAAGGACACGGCGAGGGCGGCGAAGGACGAGACGGCAGAGGCGGCGGAGGGGGCCAUGGAAAGCGCCGGCGAGGCCAAGGACAGGACCAUGGAGGGGACCAAGCACACCGGCGAGAAGGUGGCGGAGAUGACCAAGGAAGGCGCGAGGAAGGUGGUGGAGACGGCGCAGGCCAUCGGCGACAAGGCGAAGCAGACGGCGCAGGACGCGUGGGGUGCCACCAAGGAGGCGGCGAAGGGCGUCAAGGACACGGUCGCCGGCGAGACGAAGGUGGAGGAGCACUCGACGUGGGACGACGUCGACGCCGCCACCAAGGAGCGGGACAGGAUAGCUCAGGAGGAGAAGAAGAGGCAGGCCAGGGAGAAAGGCGCAGGCUUGCCUUAAACUGAAAAUGCUAACGAAGAAUGAACUGCUGCAUACUUUGCUGUUGCAUGCAUGUACUGAGCCAUCUUUUUAGCUGAAUUUUAGUCAGUUUAAGUUCUUUUGGUUGAAUAAUGUUGGCAAACUUUGAAGAUCUAAUAUCUGUAAUUGGAAGGAACAUAUUGAAGCUAUGCAAAUGUACUAAUAAUGUACACACUUGUUAUUGUUCUA